CUUAUUCAUGGUUGACCAGGAAGUGAGAUUUGAGAGACUGGGGGAGGGAGGCCCCUCGUCUCCGAAGAUGGCCGAGGUGGAGAUUUCGGCUCGGGCCUACGUGAAGAUGCAGCUGCACGCUGCCAAGUACCCAUCCUGCGCCGUCAACGGCCUGCUGUUAGCGGAGAGGGCACCGGGGACGGGCGGCUGCCUGCUCCUGAACGACUGUGUUCCCCUCUUCCACAACUGCCUGCCUCUCACUGUCAUGUUGGAGGUGGCUCUCAACCAGGUCGAUGUCUGGAGCCAUGCCAAGAACCAAGUGAUUGCCGGCUAUUACCAGGCCAACGAUCACAUGAGGGAUCCAAGGUACAGGGCCUGCAGUAUUGGAGAUCGGGUGGCUGAGCAUCUGCGAGAGGCGGUGCUGAUCAUGCUGGACAACACCAAGCUGUCGGGAGAUUAUGGUGGACCUGCAGUCAUCGUACACGAACGGCUGGAUGGGACCUGGGUUCCCAAAGACAAGAACCUGGUGAUGUGGCGAGACUGGGUGACCACGCGGGCGCUGCUUGUCCAGCUGAUGGGCUGCAGGGCCUACUCGGGCCUGGUCGACUUCGACGAGCACUUGGACGACAUCCACCGGGAUUGGGCCAAUGCCCCCAUCAACAAGAGGAUCGGGGCCCUCUCCCCCACCGCCAACGGCAGUGCCUGAACGCAGACACCCCCCCCCUUGCCCCCUCCCUUCCCCUUCCUGCCAAGAACACCACCACCCCCCCCCUCCCCCCCGCCACCCCUGCAACUCAUACCCCCCCUGGGAAGCAGGGGGCUCAGACACUGCGGGAGGUAGAGCUGGAGGGUGGGGUUUGCAGGUCUGUAAAGUGGAUGUGCCUCCUCCCCCACCAAACAAAGGGCCAACAGCACCGUCUGCCCACCGUCUCUCCCAUUCUCUCUCUCUCUCUUUCUCUCUCUCUUGUCUCUCUCACUCUCUCUCUGUGCAAGGGUUAAGAAUAAAAAUGCCGCUGUUUGUAA